UGAUGAAUCACAUUUCCUGCAGCAGAGACAACUCUUUCCUCCACAAACAUCCUCCGACGAGCAGACGGGAGGACGGAUUUGAGAGCAAUUCUCCGAUCCUGCUGCAAGACGACAAUUAAACCCAGGCGCUUGUUGACUUUUCAGCCCCGGCUCAGUAAACAAACAACGAAGACGUUUGCUUCCUAGUUAGGUUUACACAUCAGCCAAUCGGUGCACGGCCCCACUCAGCCUUUUCAGGCUCUAUUUUUCUGCUCUACUUGUUGAACCCUUUGCCCGUUUUCACAUUAACCCAUCUUGUUUAAUAUCCAACUUGUGCCCGAGAAAAGGAGGACUGCGAGUGCUGACACAGAAUGUCCAACUUGGAGUUGCACCCGAGCAAAGCUGAUGGCGGAGGAGCGACCGUGGGCAUUGGUGUCGGAGGUGGGUGGCGAAUUCGGCCUACUGGAGGAGAUGGCUGACAUGAUUCGUCAACACUUCCACAUCGUCUCUUUCGAGGACUUUCUUCAGAACCCGCAGCUGUACGCUGCCAGGAUCCAGGUCCUGCUCAUGUGGAAGUACUACCCAGAGGCGGAGCUCGGCCUGCUCAGGUCGCUGCCCUCCCUCAAGGCGGUCGUAAGCGGCGGAGUGGGCGUGGACCACCUGGACGUGCGCGGCAUCAACAGCCUAGGGGUGAAGGUGUCCAACACGCCCGGCGUGGUCAGCGACGCCACCGCCGACUUAGCCAUGGGUCUGCUGCUGGCCUCCGCCAGAAACAUCCUCCGAGGUCACCAAAUUUCCGUCGACCCGUGCACGGUCCGCAUGACCCAAAGCCUCAUGGGAGUUGAAGUGACGGGGUCGACUCUGGGAAUCAUCGGAAUGGGCGAGCUCGGCUACAAGAUCGCUCAGAGAUGCAAAGGCUUUGAAAUGAAGAUUUUCUACCACAACAGAAGCAGAAGGAGCGCUGAGGACGAGCGCGCCGUCGGCGCCAAUUACUGCCAAAGCCUGAGCGACCUGCUGAGGAGGUCGGACUUCGUCCUGAUCGCAGUCAAGUUGACCUCUGACACCGAGGGCCUAGUCGGCCAAGGAGAGUUGGCGCUCAUGAAGCCUUCGGCCACGCUGAUCAACGUCAGCCGAGGUCAAGUCGUGGACCAGGAUGCUUUAGUCCGAGCACUCCAGACGGGAAGCAUUCGUGCCGCUGCCAUAGAUGUGACUCAUCCAGAACCCUUACCCAGGGACCAUCCUCUGCUGGGGCUUCCUAACGUGCUCAUCACGCCCCACAUUGGCAUCAACACGGUGGCCACCGCAAAGAGGAUUGUCGGCUGCAUGCUGCAAAACGCUGUGGCUGCAGUAAAAGGCCUUCCCCUUCCCAAUGAAGUCGCCAUCAAGUGACUAAAGCGUGCCGCACUCUCAUAUUACAAAAUAAAAGUGGAAAUUACCGCCCCCUCGGAUAUUGCGUGCAAUCUCAACAAUCCCCUGACACAAAACUAAUAUGAGCAACAUCAGAGCAAUCUCACCGCAGCGUUUAUCAGACAGAGAGAUAAUAUUUCUAAUAUUUCAUACAUUUGUCCUAAAGCAGCGGCAAUUGUGGUUCUUUCAUCUCAAAGAACGCUGCUAUCAAGAGAUUAAAAACUAGCAUU